AUGUCACAGAACAGGAAGCGUUCUCGAUCAGAGACCGCCUCCACCUUGUCAUCUUCAUCAUCCCUGUCUUCAAUCGAUUCACUCGAUGAUAUGAGCAGCAAUGACAGCAGCAAUGGCGGCAGCACCCAAGACAGUGCCGACAGCAACAAGCGUAUCAGCAAGAGACCUCGCAUCUACUCAGCCUCUCCAUCAAGCUACCGCAGUCCUACGUUUACCGAAAUGGUUGCCUUCGCCAAUCGCCCCCGACGAUUCGCUAAGCUUCCCAUCGCAGACUCUUUCCAAUCCGACUUCUCAGCCUAUCCCCAAACUACAAUCAAUCAUCUCGCAACUCUAGUAGCUUGGCAGAGCUGUGCAAAAUCCCCGAAAAAGCACUUCGGCCUUGGCCGCCUACACCAAAACAUCGAUUGUUUCGUCUCCGAUUUCGACAUUGAUAACGAUGUAGUCGUUGUGGCUAUGAUGCUGCUCACCCGUCGCGGCACACCUACGUCAGAUACUCGGCCUCUUGAAUUGUUCCAAACGGCUGUCAUCCUCGCGAAGAAAGUCUUGGACGACUCUGCUCCACGCACCAAGAUCUGGGCUAAGCGACUCGGAAUGGACAAAAAAGCUCUUACGGAUCUCGAGUACCGAUUCUGUUUUGAAAUUGAUUGGAGAUUCGGAGUGGAGGAGGGAGAAUGGGCGUCGUGGAAUGUGGAAAUUGGAAAGAAGAUCGAAUUUCCUUGGGACGACCAGGAUGAGGAUGGGAAUGGAAGUGACUUGAUGAGCAAGGUGGAGGCUUUCUGGGACAUGGAGAGUAAGAUGAGGAUGGAGCUUCUCAUGGUGACGCAGACAGGACUCGCAGCAGAGGUCAUCGCAGGGCAGCUUGAGCUGUUGACGUGGGUGGAAGGUUUAUUCUAA